AUGAGCGGCUUCACCAACCCGACGGUGACGCUGGCCAGCGGCCACACGAUGCCCAUGGUGGCGCUCGGGACCUGGAAGGCGCCGCCCGGCGUCACGGGCGCCGCCGUCGAGGCCGCCAUCAAGGCCGGCUACCGCAACAUCGACGCGGCGAACGACUACAACAACGAGCCCGAGGUCGGCGCGGCGAUCGCCAAGUGCAUCGCCGAGGGCGUCGUCACCCGCGACGAGCUCUUCGUGCAGGCGAAGCUCUGGAACACGAACCACCGGCCGGAGCACGUCGCCGCGGACCUCGCGCAGAGCCUCGAGGACCUCCAGCUCGACUACGUCGACUCCUACGUCAUCCACUGGCCCCAGGCCGCGCCGGCGACGGGCCGCGCGCCGGCGACGCGCCUCGACGGAGCCUACCCGGCGCCCGAGGCCGAGGGGUCCAUGUUCCCCGUCGACGGCGACGGCUACUUCUGCUCCGACGGCGGCAGCCACUACACGGAGACGUGGCGGGCCAUGGAGGCGCUCGUCGACGACGGCCGAUGCCGGUCCAUCGGCCUGAGCAACUUCAACCGCGCCCAGGUCGCCGAGGUCGUCGCGAUGGCGCGCGUGCCCGUGAGCGUGCUCCAGUGCGAGUGCCACCCGUACCUGCAGCAGAAGGACCUCAUCGACUUCUGCGCGACGGCGAAGAUCGCGUUCCAGGCGUUCUCGCCCCUCGGGUCCGGCGACACGCACCUGGGCGUGACGGCGUCGCCCUCGGGCACGAUCCCGCUCCGGGACCCGACCGUGCUCGCCGUCGCGGCGAGGACCGGCAAGGACGCGGGCCAGGUCAUGCUCCGGUGGAACCUGCAGCGCGGCGUCUGCGUCGUGGCCAAGUCCGUGCGCCCGGCGCGGAUCGCGUCGAACUUCGCCAUCUUCGAUUGGGCCCUCGCGCCCGAGGACGUCGCGGCCUUCGGCGCCAUCAACUACGGCUGGCGGCACCUCCAGUGGCGCGAGGUGUCCAUGCACCCCGACUACCCGUUCCCCGACGAGCUCCCGCACAAGUACGCGCUCGAGAAGGCGCCCCUCGCGUUGUCGAGCGGCCCGGCGGCCUGA